AUGUGGCGUGAUUCAGGAAAUUCUGCCCCAAGCAGUACCGGAGCCCCAAACAGUACCGGAGCCCCAAGCCUACCGGAGCCCCAAGCAGUACCGGAGCCCCAAGCCUACCGGAGCCCCAAGCAGUACCGGAGCCCCAAGCCUACCGGAGCCCCAAACAGUACCGGAGCCCCAAACCUACCGGAGCCCCAAGCAGUACCGGAGCCCCAAGCCUACUGGAGCCCCAAGCAGUACCGGAGCCCCAAGCCUACCGGAGCCCCAAGCAGUACCGGAGCCCCAAGCAGUACCGGAGCCCCAAGCCUACCGGAGCCCCAAGCAGUACCGGAGCCCCAAGCCUACCAGAGCCCCAAGCCUACCGGAGUCCCAAGCCUACCGGAGCCCCAAGCAGUACCGGAGCCCCAAGCCUACCGGAGCCCCAAGCAGUACCGGAGCCCCAAGCCUACCGGAGCCCCAAGCCUACCGGAGCCCCAAGCAGUACCGGAGCCCCAAGCAGUACCGGAGCCCCAAGCCUACCGGAGCCCCAAGCAGUACCGGAGCCCCAAGCCUACCAGAGCCCCAAGCCUACCGGAGCCCCAAGCCUACCGGAGCCCCAAGCAGUACCGGAGCCCCAAGCCUACCGGAGCCCCAAGCCCCAGUACCGGUGCCCCAAGCCUACCGGUGCCCCAAGAAGUACCGGAGCCCCAAUCCUACUGGAGCCCCAAGCAGUACCGGAGCCCCAAGUCUACCGGAGCCCCAAGCAGUACCGGAGCCCCAAACAGUACCGGAGCCCCAAGCCUACCGGAGCCCCAAGCCUACCGGAGCCCCAAGCAGUACCGGAGCCCCAAGCCUACCGGAGCCCCAAGCCUACCGGAGCCCCAAGCCUACCGGAGCCCCAAGCCUACCGGAGCCCCAAGCCUACUGGAGCCGCAAGCAGUACCGGAGCCCCAAGCCUACCGGAGCCCCAAGCAGUACCGGAGCCCCAAGCAGUACCGGAGCCCCAAGCAGUAUCCCCCCCUUUACGAGGCUGCUACUCUCAGUACCGUAACACCCUGUAUAUAG